UGCUUCGUGGGGCGCGUCGAGAAGAUUCACCCGACGGGAAAACUUAUCGUUCUGUCGGACGGAGAAGGCUGCAACGCGACGGUGGAGCUGAGCGAACCUCUAGAUGAAGAGAUCUCAGGAAUUCUUGAAGUGGUGGGAAGAGUAACAAAUCAGGCAACCAUCAUGUGCAUGUCAUACGUCCAGUUCAGGGAAGAUAAAAGUCCAUUUGGUAA